AGACACAAUAUGUAUACCCCCGCAAACUGUGAAGUUCGGAAUCUACUGUCCACUGGCCUACGUGCUUCCUUUAACUUUCAUACGUCUUCUGAAUAAGGACGAAAACAAAACAAACAAUAGAGCGAAGUAUGCGCCGCAACUUUUUCGCGCAUCGUUUUCCGCUCUAUCUAGUUCUGUUAUGAAGUUCAAAUCAUAGAUGCAUUAUGUGACGGUUAGGAUUUUUAAUAAAAAAUUGCAUUAAAAGUAGUGUUAAGUUAGAAUAUAUCACGGCGUGUAUAAUGUGUGGUUUCUAUAAAAAGUUUGGUGAACUACAAAGAAUAAAAGGAUUCAGAAUUAGAAGGAUCAACGAUCGAAAGAGAAGGACAAUCGAAUUUAUUGGAGAUUGGAGGUUAUGCAAGUAAGAAAAUCAGAAAAAGAUGUGCCUUGGUAAAUCUCCACCGGCGAGUUGCGAACAAAGUUGCAUACUUCUACAGCUGAGAGAACUUCGAUGGACUUCAAUGAACUUAUGCAUACUGAAACUGGCUCACACCACGAGCAUGGACGGUUACUUGAGGUAGUCGAAAGCCACUGAAAAUUAAUUAACAGCGAACUGGACAGAGUAAUCGGUUUAUCGCCGGAGAAUUUGCAAGCUUUUGAGGGUUUGGAGAUCGUGUAUUGGCACAGGAAUCGAUCGCUGAUGUUCGCUGUUCAAGUGCGUCGUGACUGCGUGAUAUUGCAUUUGUUAACGCCGUUUUAUUAUACAGUUUGGAUGUGCGUGAUCAUCAUGCUGGCCACGUACGUUUCGUCUAUACGCACUCGGGAAGUUGUUUGACAUAGGAAUCAGAGAGCGACUGAAUCCCCUGCUGAUCUAUGAGAUCAGGUUGGUGUAAAACAUCACGUUCUUGCGUGAAAAAACGUCACUGCGUGCUAUUCUGGUACUGUGAAUGAUCUUCUCUGAAUCUGGGCAUCAUCUAUAACAACAUUUUCACGAGUUUCCUCGCGGAUUUGGAUAUAGAGGAUUUAGCGAAGGAUUUGAAGGAAGUACCAAAUUUCGAUACAAAAUUACGAAACGAGUGGAUGAAAAAUGUUUGAACGAGAUAUUGUCAAAGGAUAACACAAUGGAAGAUCGAACAGAUUACCGUGGAUGGAAUAAACCAGAAUGGACAGGAAGCUACGCGUAUACACGCUGCCGGAGCAUCAAUAUAUCCUGUUUUACUUUAUGCGAGAGUGGAACACCCUUGCCGCGUACCCUUUGAGCGCAUCGUUAUGGAAUAUCGUCAAUCAGGAUUGCUUCAUAAGUGGGUCAAGUAUUAUAUGGACGACAGGACAAGCAGAUUGCUACUUCUCACGAAAAGAGCACAAGAUGACGGCGGCAUACUUGAUCACAGGAUACUUCGGAUUCGUUUUCAAUUUUUUUUUUAAGCAAUCAGCAUUGUGGUUUUUCCGAUCGAGUUAUCUAAACUUUGCAAGAUGCAGCAGCAACUUAAGAUACGACGGCCAACAAUUCCGCAAGGAUAAUCGGAAUGAAAAUUAUGGAACGGGUUCUUGGAAUCCAAGUGCGGAAUUGGCAGAAAUAGUAAAGAUUGUAAUUGCGGAUUUGAUCAUCAGUUGUAUCUUCAAUAUAUUGGACGAUUAACAGUACAAAUACUUAUCAUCACAGCACUUUGGUGCCACGGAGUAGUAGCGUAAAGUGAUGAAUUAACACGUAGGCUGCCGAAUUAUCAGCAGUAGAUUCAAAGUCGGUCGAUACUUUGUGCCGUUGGAAGGAUGCGUAACCGACACGACUACUGCCGCGGCGAAGAUGAGGUAAUACUACUGGACCACAAUAUUAUCGUGGUCACUACUCAUCGCCGCACUUAUUACUCGGCCGCUAUAUUACCAUAGUUACCACUAGGGGUUGCUAUUAUCCCUACGUGUACCGAGUGAUCAGUAACGAAGAGACCAACAGCGACGCAUCCCCAUGGACCUUCCUCCACCAGGCUGCGAUCAAUACGAGGGCGGGUAACGUGCAGCGAUUGUUGUCUCGCGAGUAUUGUGCACACCCUCGUGGCGUCCUGACUUCUCAAACGAGCGUUGCACCUGAUAUGCCAUACAACUCCAUAUCCUCUCCAUAUCGGCGUUCGUUUUUCCGGUGUGAGACGAGUGUUUAUUUACACGCCGCGUCCAAAGUGUUCUCCCGCAUAAAUGUCGCGUGUCGCGAAAUACGUUGCUGUCAGGGGAAAUCUCGGGAAACCCGUUGAAAGUGUAAUCGCUGAAUUUUUUAUUCUGUAGCGCGUCUCGACGCGCGGUGCUCUCACGCGGCCAAAACGGCGAAGAUGAGGAGACAGAAUGUCAGGACUUUGUCACUGGUAGUGUGCACGUUUACGUAUCUUCUCGUGGGUGCCGCGGUGUUUGACGCCCUCGAGUCGGACACCGAGAGGAAACGCUGGGAAUUUCUCUCGGAGAUACGCCGCAAUAUGAUGAAGAAAUACAACAUCACGGCGGAAGACUGGAAGAUGCUCGAGAUCGUGAUAAUAGAGAAUAAGCCGCAUAAAGCGGGGCCGCAGUGGAAAUUCGCUGGUGCCUUCUAUUUUGCCACUUUAGUAUUAGCCAUGAUCGGUUACGGGCAUUCUACUCCGGUGACCGUAAUGGGAAAGGGAUUCUGUAUGGUAUACGCGAUGGUGGGCAUCCCUUUGGGACUGGUGAUGUUCCAGAGUAUCGGCGAGCGAUUGAAUAAAUUCGCGUCGGUCGUGAUCAGGCGAGCGAAAACGUAUCUCAGGUGCCAAAGAACCGAAGCCACAGAGAUGAAUCUCAUGCUGGCGACUGGUCUGCUCUCGAGUAUAAUUAUUACGACGGGCGCCGCAGUGUUUUCGAGAUACGAGGGCUGGAGUUACUUCGACAGUUUUUACUACUGUUUCGUGACUCUCACGACUAUAGGUUUUGGCGACUACGUCGCUCUCCAGAACGACCAAGCGCUCUCCAAUAAACCUGGAUAUGUGAUCUUGAGUUUGGCCUUCAUCCUGUUCGGCUUGGCCGUCGUCGCCGCCAGUAUUAAUCUGCUCGUAUUGCGUUUCAUGACGACGGAUUCCGGUGAAGCGCGUCGCGACGACACCGAGAUGCAGUCCGUCUCGCAUCACGUUCUGACGUUAGACGGUGAGGUCAUGGCGGUGAACGGCAAGCUCUUGGCAAGUCACACGCCGAUCGUGCACGACACGGACGACUGCGUGAGCGUGUGCUCCUGCACCUGUCUCGGUCCAGCAAAUUCCGAGUUGUUGGAUCCUUCCGGGUAUCAAGGGUACCGACCACCUCCGAUGUCAGCCAGCCUCCGGGUGAGGCGCGCAUCAGUCUGAUGGAGGGAGUUUCGUCGUCGUAGUCUACGUCGCCGACUAUCCAAAACCGACAGUUGCGAGCUGCUCGGCAUCGACGUGUAAGAGUCGGUUCCCCGCACGGAAUUCCUCGAAGAAGAUAACCCGAGCACUAUAUAUCGUUUGUGACCCGUGUCCGCGAGAGACGGCUCGCAAUGUAAAGAUUCGCGCCCUGCGGAAAGCAAAAUGUAAAAACUGGCAAUGUUUGAUACCUGUAAUCAGUAAUUGUUAAUUGUUGUCCGAUAAUUAAGGUGAAUGAAUAAUGUGUUCCUGCUGCAUUUUCCGAUGUUGCAUCGAUUCACGAAUUUGCUGCGUUUUGAUAAUUAAUGUUGAUCAACCGCGUGUCGGUUCCUGACGGAUGUUAUACAUGUAAUCCGUGCGUUACAGUUGAUUCGUCAGAUAUACGACGGAUGACAUCAUAAUACUUGUUCCGAUUGAUAUGAAACGCCGAUCGUUCGGAGUAUUCAAGUGAUGAUCUAUGCAAUCCUAGAAGAAACGAAGCACCCGGUACCUCAUCAGAAAUAAUAGUGAGCUCAAACUAUUCGACAGAUAAUUCGCGCAGUUGUAAGUCGCAGUUAUAAGUCAUAGUAUUGUCGAUGUUGUACUAAUAUAAUAUGUGUGAAGUCGAUUGCUUCAAUAAUCUAGAGGUUUUCAAAAUUCGACAAAUUGAAUAUUAUCGACAUUUUCUUAGCGUAAACAAAUCUUCUUAUGCGGGAUACUUACUGUACUUAUUAUUUAUCUAAAAAAAAAUUAUAAUCUAUUUUGUAGAUUUAUAUUUAACUGU